GGGCGGAAGAAAAAACGCUGACAAAAAGUGAGGUUAUGUUAAGUGACUGCCGGGUUUCUUGGAGGAGCAUUUUUGUGCAAAAUUCCCUCAAAAUCUCAAUAAAUAAUGGUUAAUUUGUACAUAAAUGCCUGUGUGGAUGUCAAGCAGGCCAUAAGCUGUGCUAAUAACAAUCAGUAUGACUCCAUAACUACUCCCUUGGUGUUUCCGGGCUUCGAUCGCGAGUUCUGGAAUGAGCCUCUGGCCAAGAAGCAUCAAAUUUUCUCGCGGGCAGACAUCGUCAUGACCUCCAGGCAGUGGCUGACGUUCGUGAUAGCAGCAGUGAGUGAUGAUAUUGACUGCGACUCGGACAAUCACAACAUCCGGGAAGCCAGUGAGAGGAAGCUGUGUCAGGAGAUGGAAUUUGCGGAACAUGUGGUGCAGCAGGGAUUGAUUUAUGUGAAACUGAAUGGAGGAAAUAACAUUAAUAUGUGCAGGAUCAUCAACACCUACACAAAGUGCAUCAUUAUCGUGGAAGUGCCCAUGAUGGAUCCUAAUACUGUGGCUUCGCAGCUGAGAAAUGAUAUUGAUGAGGAGGAAGCCACUCAGGGAGAAGACACUUGGACGUGGUGGAACAAAUUCCGGCUUCACAGUAACUUCAAUGUUAAGCAUCGCCUGUCCCUGAUACUUCCGGCUGAUAUUCCCACGCACGAAGAGAUUCUCAGAUGGAUGGGGGAGCCAUUAGAGUACAUCGUCGUCUCGUCGGAUAUCUUCAUCCACAACAAAGCCAAUUAUCCCGUUCUGUCAGUGGCUCAUCAAGAGGUCCUGGCCAUGUUCCUGCGACGCAACAAGGCCAAGUUCAUCGUAAAGGCGAACCAGAAUGAUCCAAGCCUUCGCUACUAUGCUGAAUACCUUCGGCAUUUGGAGGAGAAAUUCAAAGAACACGAUCCAAUGGAUGGAUUCGAUGACGUCAUCGAGAUCCCCCUGCAACCACUUUUUGACAAUCUCGACACCUACACUUACGAGAUCUUUGAGAAGGACCCAGUGAAGUAUUUAUUGUAUCAGCGUGCCAUAGAAGCGGCUCUCAAGGACAAGAUUCCCGAGGACAAAGCAGCCAAUUCCACGGCAACUGUGAUGAUCCUGGGCGCCGGAAGGGGACCUCUUGUGCGAUCUGCUCUCAAUGCAGCCGCCAACACGAAGCGCAAAGUGAAGAUUUACGUGGUGGAGAAGAAUCAGAACAGCAGGAACACUCUCGAAGCGCUUUGGCGAGAGAUGUGGCCUCGGGAUGCAGUGCAGUUGAUCUUCUCGGACAUGAGGGAAUUUUCACCGCCGGAAAAAGCUGAUAUCAUCGUGUCGGAAUUACUGGGAUCCUUCGGGGACAACGAAUUGUCUCCAGAGUGUCUCGAUGGGGCUCAAGUUCAUCUCAAAGAGGACGGAAUCAGCAUUCCAAGUUCCUAUUCAUCCUACAUCGAGCCAGUAAUGUCAACCAAAUUGUACAAUCAAGUGCGAUUAAUAACGAAGACUGAGGAUCAAUAUUUGCAGCAGCGUGGCAAGAAUAAGAUUAUGGAGACGACGUAUGUGGUGUACAUGAAGAAUGUCUAUCACAUUGCUAAACAACCGAAGCGCCUUUUCACAUUCAACCAUCCGAAUCGCGAGAAAGUUAUCAACAACAAUCGCUACGAGAAAAUCACAUUCACAACUAAGCUCGAUAGUGUUCUCCAUGGCUUUGCUGGGUAUUUUGAUACGGUUCUGUACAAGGACAUCAGUCUCAGUAUUCAUCCAAUGACACACACAAAAGGACUCUCCUCCUGGUUCUCCAUGUUCAUUCCAAUUGCGAAUCCUGUGAAUUUGAAGGCCGGCGAAGAGAUUGAAGUGAAUUUCUGGCGUCGCGUUGCCCCGAGGAAAGUAUGGUACGAAUGGAGCAUUUCAUCGCCACAAAUCUCCCACAUUCACAAUUUAAAUGGCCAAGCCUGUGAUAUUCUCAUGUAGAGCCCAUAAUUUGCAAAAGAAUGACGGAAGAAUUGUUAAUAGAAAACAAAGGAUAAAUACGAGGAAUAAAAAUAAAGGAUAAAAGAGAAA